AAGAUGCUUUUUUUCUUUGUUUACUAAGUUUUAUUCCUUAAGGUGUCAAGUUUGACAUGUUGGCCACACCACUAAAGGGUAAAUGACUCGUGCCCUUUUCUGGUUGCUAUUUGAAUUUGUCGCUCUAUGUGUUCUUUAUAUGUUAGUCUAUUCGUAUCCAUUAUCACUUAAGGUCGCAGAUCCAUAUUUUGACGCUGGAUCAAUCGAAUGCAAAUAUAAAGAUAUAAAUCAAUAUUGCAAAGGAGCCUUAUAAAGGCAUUAUUAGAUAAGACUCGGUGCUUCCUUCCUGACAUGGUUGGUUGGAUGCCCAGUUUGGAGUCGAAGACAAUACUUUUUCUGUCAGAUGGUAAUAUCAGUAUACAAGUUGAGACAACUGAAGCUUUCUUGGUCCAGUGCACUUUUGCAUAAUAAGACAGCGGUCAACCAACAAUCUUUGUGCACCUCAAUCAUUCAUUCAUACCGUGAGAAUGGUGAUAAGAGUCAUGGAACUAAGAAGUCCGGUCUUGGUAUUAGCUGCUAUAAUAUUUACUUCAUUUUGGGGUGAUGCUAGAUCUCAAAUUAAUGCUGAAUGUGGAGGUACACAAAUAGGUCGCAGUGGGACACUUGUCUCCCCUAACUAUCCUGCGAACUAUCCAGUCAAUCAAGUAUGUGUGUGGGUUCUCAUAACACCGCGAAGCGGAAAGAAUGUUAGGCUUACGUUUGAUUACUUCGACCUGGAACCUAAUUCAGCUUGCAAAUACGACUAUGUAUUAAUAAGGGAUGGCUCCUCAGGCAGUAAUGUUAUGAUAGGCAAAUUUUGUGGUUCUAGUAAACCUGCUACAAUAACGUCCUCUGGGAAUUCAUUGUGGGUAGAGUUCCGUUCAGACUCAAGUGAAACAAGGCGAGGGUUCAUCGCUCGAUGGGAAGUUGAAGGUUCCUUUCUUCCAAGCACAUUAAUUCCAGAUACGGAAAGAAUCCAAACUGAGACUCCCCCAACAAAAGCUCCCACAGAUCCACUGUUAUGUGGAGGAGAGGUUCAUGGUACGCGUGGUAUCAUUAUAACGCCAGGAUACCCGAAUGACUACCCCGUCAACAAAAAAUGUUCCUGGUCAAUUAAAGUACCACAAGAGCAAAAAAUUCGUCUCUAUUUUGAUAGUUUCAAUGUUGAAAAUGAUCGCACAUGUAGGUAUGACUACCUUGAAAUCAGGGAUGGAGGAGACUCUAGUGGAACCUUCAUAACCAAACUAUGUGGCAAAGAGAUUCCUUCAUCUGUGACAUCUACUAGUAAUGUUAUGUACUUGGAGUUCAGUUCAGAUAGCAGUGAAACGGAAUCUGGUUUUAAAGCUGAGUGGCAUGUCACAGGUGGACCUCCUAGAACAUUUCCACCUACGCCGACCACGCCUUAUAUUCCUGAGACACAGGAACCAACAAGAUUACCAGGAGAAUGCGGUGACAUCACUGUAAGAGGUACCAGUGGCACUAUCACAAGUCCUAAUUAUCCUUCCAACUAUCCAAUCAACAAAAUCUGCUCAUGGACGAUCAAGGUGGAAUCUGGUGAAUUUGUCGAGUUGGAGUUCAUAGCUUUUAACAUCGAAAGGGAUUCCAGUUGCCGUUACGAUUAUGUCGAGAUCAGAGAUGGAGGCAGCGAUCAAGCAGCACUUAAGGAUAGACUUUGCGGCCAGCAAAUUCCUGAAGUAAUGAAAUCAACUGGAGAUGCUCUACAUUUAGUGUUUUUCUCUGAUAAUUCAGAAACGGAAAGUGGUUUUCGUGCCACUUGGAGGGCAGUGGUGGAUGAUAUAGGAAGGGUGUCACCUACUGUGCCUCCACCGGUGAUAACUACUAAGCCUCCAUCACCAGGAGAACAAGGUUGCGGAGGAAAACUUACCACAGCAACUGGUGUUUUCCAAAGUCCUCAGUAUCCUAAUAGUUACCCGACGAAUGUAAUGUGCCACUGGACUAUAGAAGCACCUCAAGGAAACAAAAUUCGACUUGAACUAUCUGCCUUCAAUCUAGAAGCUGAUUCAACCUGUCGGUUUGAUUACUUGCUUAUCUAUGAUGGUCCUUCAGUGGGAUCUAGAGAACUAGGACGAUUCUGUGGCCCAGAUGGCUCUACUAGGAUAGGUCCAAUAGAGAGUACUUCAAAUGUAAUGACUGUUCUAUUCAAUUCUGAUUCUUCAUUAACAAAUUCGGGCUUCCAAGCUUACUGGUAUGCUAAUAAUGGUCGAGUUCUAACCACUUCUGCCGCAACUCUUACUCCUUUUACUCCAUACAGGGGAGCUUGUGGCGGAAACUUUGUCCAGCCAAGUGGAUAUUUUUAUUCCCCUGGUUACCCAUAUUACUACAGCAACAACAUUGAUUGUGUAUGGGUUAUUGGAGUUCCGGACAACAAACUGAUCGCUCUUGGGUUUGAAGAGUUUGAUCUCGAAGGAGGAGACGAUUGCCGCUUAGAUUAUGUUGAAGUUCGUGAUGGAGAUUCGCAUAACGCUCCAUUGAUCGGUAGAUACUGCGGUACCACUGCACCUAUGGUUGUAAGAGGAUCGUCUAAUAAAUUCUGGGUCAGGUUUCAUUCCAACGGAUUCAUAACGUCAAAAGGAUUUGAAGCAACGUGGACUACGGAGGCUCAAUUUAUUAAACCCAUUGGUGAACAAAGUGCAAUUACCUUAGGAGAUGACCCUCAACAAGAUCCUCAAAAAGAGUGUGGCCAUUCGCUUGGAUUAGAAGACAGCAAAACCAAAGACUCUCAGUUUUCAGCAUCUUCACACUGGAUGUCCAUUAAUAAAUAUGGUCCCCAACGAGCAAGGUUGAAUAAUCGUGCAUGGCCCCAAGGGUGGGUUGCUGAUCCCAGUGAUAAAAAUCCAUGGAUAAAAGUCAAGUUUGAUGAUUUACACGUUAUCACUAGUAUAGCUACCCAAGGGUAUGGUAACCCUAUAUUCAGUGAAUGGGUAAAGAGUUACAAGGUCACCUGGUUUGAUAAGAAGCAAGGUUAUGUACCUUACCAAGAGGAAGGUAAAGAAAAGGUUUUUAGAGGUAACACGGAUAGGGACUCCGUCGUUCGACAUCUAUUGAAGGUACCUUUAAUAACAAAAGAGGUCGUACUUCAUCCCAAGACAUGGCAGGGAAACAUUGGACUUCGAAUGGAGUUGUAUGGAUGCACUUUAGAUGACUGCGUCAAACCUUUAGGAAUGUCAAAUGGUGCCAUCAAGGACAACCAACUCAGAGUAUCGUCAGCUUGGAUUAACCAGCAUGGUAGAUAUGGAGCCAGUCGUGCAAGACUGAAUAUCACUACAUGGCCUCAAGGGUGGAUAGCAAGUGAAAAUGACCGUUCUCCUUGGCUUCAAAUCAAAUUGAGAGAUGAGUAUAUUGUGACGCAGGUAGCUACUCAAGGAUUUGGUGGUGCAUUAGAUCAGUGGGUCAAGUCAUACAAGGUAACAUGGCUGGAUGACAAACGUAGAUGGCAGGACUACCAAGUAAAGAAAAAGAAUCGGAUUUCCGAAUGGAAAAUAAAGACAUUUCAAGCCAAUGAAGACAAAAACUCUAUAGUUCGUCAUGUUUUGAAGAAUCCAAUCAGAAGUCAAUUUAUUCGCAUUUGGCCAUUAGAAAAACACAUUUCUUUUUCACUACGCACAGAGUUAUAUGGCUGCCCAGUUGAACAACUAGGUCGACCUACUCUUUGUACAAAAAUAGGAAAUCGAUUAAUCGGAGAGUCACGUCUUAUGAAUACAGAAGGUUGUGUUUGGAAGCUGUCACCAGUAUCGUCUAAAGGAACUUAUGUCCUAAAAUUUGAUCGGUUCAUCUUCAAGAAUUCUGAUUCCACAUGCACUAAGGAUUAUAUUGAAGUUCGUAAUGGAUUCACACAAUAUGCCCCAUUGAUUGGAAAGUACUGUGGAAAUAGUAAACCUAGCCCUGUCAGGUCUUCAGCCAGUGCUCUUUGGAUUAAAUACGUUGUAUCAGGUGAAGCCAGUACCAAAGUGACUAUGUCUUAUGGAUUUGUACCAUCAAAUAGCCAAGGCACUGGAAUCCAUCCUACCUCAGGUACCUGCGGAUUGCGUUCCAUUCCCGAAGCCAGUACAAAUCUAAAUAAUUGGCCGGGUCAGUGGCCUUGGCAAGUAGCCCUUUUUCUUAUAGGACACUCUGACCAACAAUGUAGUGGUGCCUUGAUAGGAACUCAAUGGGUUCUGACUGCGGCUCAUUGCUUUCAGAGAUUCCGUCUGUCAUCUUCCUGGGUAGUCCAAGCUGGAAUGUGGGAUCUUCAUAAUAAGGAUGGAAAUGAGCAAGAAAUAUCUCUUAAAGCUAUCUAUAGACACCCUCGUUAUGAUAGGACAUCUGGUCGAAACGAUCUUGCAUUAAUCUACCUCGAUACACCUGUGAAAAUCAAUGAAAGGGUAAGACCCAUAUGUCUGCCUAAGACUGAACGCCUACAACCAGGAAAGAGGUGCUCAGUAGCUGGAUGGGGAAGUUCUAAUUUACCUCAAACUACUUCCGUCCCUCUUCUUUCUAAAAAUUUAACUCUACUUGCACAAAGGGACUGCAAUCGCAAUACGAACGAUGGUCGUGUUGAUACAAAUUUGUUUUGUGCUCAUGGAGUAGGAGACGGUUGUUAUGGAGAUGCUGGAAGUCCGCUUAUGUGUCAAGAUGAAUCUAACAAGUGGGUUGUCAGUGGAGUCAGUACUUCGAACAGCGAAGGCUGUGGCUUGCCCGUAAAGCAUAGAGUUUAUACCAAAGUUUCUGCUUAUGGCCAAUGGAUUGAACGGGUUCUAGCUUUACAUUAAAGAAUUUUUGUUAGUUACAAGUUGCUAAGCUUAUGAAUUGAUGGUUUGAAGCAAGGCUGAUGGUGCAAGACUCUUUGUUUUCUAACAGCUAGAAGGCUUUGCUCAUCUAAGUAAUAUCUUUAAAAUCCCAUUUACAAGGAAAAGGAUUGUGGCUAUCUAAUUCACGCUUACAUGCAUGCAACUGUAAAAGCGACGGUGGGUCGCCAGAAACACAUAAGAAGAUACGAAAAGUAGACUUCGCGUCGUAAGCGGUGAAAGAGAAGAUAGAGAACCACUUUAAGAUGUCAAUAUACAAAUAUUUAUUUUUUUUACAAUUCAGUUUUUACAAUUAUCUCCAUUUCCGAUAUAGACAAGGUAUUUUACUCAAACCAAUUAUAAUUAGGAUUUGUAAGUAUCAUGCAUGUUGUUCUCCAGGUUAUGUACUUUCUUUGAGGUUUUUUUUUACCUGUGGCCACUGCAACAGAUGGCGGUCUCUCUUUUUGAAUUUAUAAAGCAAUGGAGUGGAUUACCACGAAUAGCAGCGUUUCCCAAUUUUUUAUUGAAUUUUUUAAUAAUGCAAUUCAUGGCAUGUAAACUUAAAUAUAAGUUGUAAAAUAUCUAUACUACUGAGUUUGUAAGUAGAUUGCAAACAAACUUAGGAUUAAAAUAGGUAAGCGGAACGUUAUAUCAAAAUAAAACCUAGAAGUUUCCACCCA